AUGAAAAGGGAUGAAGAGGACGACUACGCGAAACUGGACAUCAGAGGCACGUCGCUCUGGAACGCUCCCGCAGCAGAAGGACGUUCAGUCACCAUGCAGGAUCUCUCACUAUUUUUUGUCAUGCUGAAAAACGUGUACCGAGGACUACUCGAGGACAACGAGUUCCUGAACAGACUGCGCAACUCUCAGUUCGAUGUUGCACUGCACGAAGUUUACGAGCCCAUAUUCUGCUGCCAUUUUCGAGGUGAAUUGAGGGAGAGGGCUCUAACGGGUUACUUACAGUUCUGUCACUGCUGUGUCAGGGGUGAGACGUUGAUUUGCCAUUUAGAUAAUUGGUGUGACGAAAACCGUUGCAGUUUCGGCUUUUGGCAUGACGCCGUACGCUUACGAAAUUGUCGGCAUUCGACAAAACCCGAGCUUUGUUCCAGGAUGUACUCGACGUACAGCGACGACAUGACGUUCUGGGAACGACUGAAUAACUUCAAGUAUGAGAUUGAGUUGGAUUUUCAUUACCGUAACUGGGAACGGGAGCUUUGGACGCAUUUCAACGACGUUUAUCCGGGGUUUCCUGAUUUCCGCGAACUGCUUAAGCGGAAAGUUGGAGUGGUGUUGUUAAACAUCAACGAGUUCACAGAAACACCUCGUCCUACGGCGAACAUUGUCCGAUACAUCGGCGGACUGGCAGUUCAUGCACCCAAACAAUUAGAAAAGAAUCUUGAUGCUGUUCUCGAUAAGCGAAGUUCCAACGUUCUUCUUUCAUUCGGCACCAUUUCUCGAUCCAAGGAUAUGCCAUUAUGGCUCAAAAAAGAUAUAGUUCACGCGUUCUCCUCUUUCCCGAAUACGACAUUCAUAUGGAAGUACGAGGACGAAAAUGAUUCACAUUUGUUCAAAGAUCAUCCGAAUAUUUAUGCUAUGAAGUGGGUACCUCAAUCGGAUCUUUUGGGUGAUAGAAGACUGUCCGCGUUCAUCACUCACGCCGGUAUGAACUCUAUCCUCGAAGCGACGUUCUCUGGCAAGCCACUGGUGGUAGUACCGUUGUUUGGAGAUCAGUAUAUCAACGCAAGAAACGUGCAGCGAAGAGGAACGGCAGUGAUGAUCGAUAGGAAUGAACUUAACAAGGAAACUUUGACUGCUGCAAUUCGUGAAGUGCUUUCGGCGAAUUCUGAUGCGCAUCGAGCCGCCACAGUGCCACAUGAUGUCGCUCGAAGGACGGGCAGCUGCUGCACGAGCUGA